AUGGCGCCUCCUAUUCUACCAUUUAGGGAUAUCAACCUCCAUGCGUCGCCCUCUCAUUAUGCCUUCACUUCCCCAUCGUCGCCCCAGGCACCCACUCUUGUUGUUGACAGACCAACCGGUGAUUUGCGCUUGAACGAUGGUCCUCUAUCAGGCGCCAAGCGCAUUUCUAGCAUCGCGGGAAUUCUAGGAAUUCUGAAGUUGAAGCUCGACAAAUACAUCAUUGUCAUCACCAAAGCACAGCCCAUGGGCCGCUUGCGCGGCCACAUGGUCUACAAGGUCGCAGGAACAGAAUUCCUUCCUAUGCGCGAACGCCCGCUCCACGAUACCGACGAAGAUGCCUACCUCACAUUGGUCAAGGACCUCCUGCGAACUGGACCUAUGUACUUCUCAUACUCGCUAGAUCUCACAAACAACUUCCAGCGACAGUCGCAGACUGCGCCCAACAUUCCCAUGUGGAAAGGCGCAGAUGACCGAUUCUUCUGGAAUCGUUUCAUUCAGACCGACCUGAUCGAUUUCAGUCUAGGCGAGAACGACAAGAGCGGGAUUCGUUAUGGCCCCCAGCCAGGGGCUGAUCCAUACAUCUUGCCGGUGAUGUUUGGUAUGAUGCGCAUUACUGCAGCCCAAGUCAAGGGAACAUCCUUCACCUUUGCCCUCAUCACCCGACGAUCCAGACACAAAGCCGGAACUAGAUACUUCUCCCGUGGAAUCGACGAAGAGGGCCAUGUCUCAAAUUACAAUGAGACAGAACAGAUUGUUAUCUUGAACGACUCGGCAGGUGGGCUUUCCGGAUUCGCUGGUGGUCAAUCAAUGACCAACGGUAAAUCUGGACAGGACCUCCAGGUCUACUCUUUCGUGCAAACCAGAGGAAGCGUGCCUGUGUUCUGGGCCGAGGUCAACGACUUGAAAUAUACACCAAAGCUCCAAAUUCGCAUUUAUGGCGAGAACUACAUGGUCAAUCUCGUCAACCAGAAAGGCCGGGAGGAGCGCGUUAAGCGGGCAUAUGAACAGCUGGUUCGCACACUAGUCACUACUACUUCUGAAAGCACCACGGCUGAUCAGAGAACUCCCGAGAAGAUUCAUACAUUAGAAUCAGGCUCUAAACAGAAAGACAUGGAUCGUUUACACUACGUGUAUUUUGAUUUCCAUAACGAGACUAAGGGACUCAAGUGGCAUCGCGCAGAGCUGCUGAUGGGUCGCUUGAAUGAUGGCUUGGUCCAGGGUGGUUACUUCCGGGGAGUAGAGAGCCCCGGUGCGCCUGGCGGACAACUGGACACUCGUUCUACUCAAACCAGCGUUGUUCGGACAAACUGCAUGGACUGUCUUGACCGCACCAACGUUGUGCAGAGCAUGCUCGGACGCUGGGCAAUUACACGCCAACUUAUUGACGCAGGUGUUCUUCGCACAGGAGAGACUGCAAACGAUGACCGAGAAUUCGAGGAUUUGUUCCGCAACAUCUGGGCAGACAAUGCUGAUGUGGUCUCCAAAUCUUAUUCCGGAACUGGUGCUUUGAAGACCGAUUUCACACGAACUGGCAAGCGUACUCGUGCUGGCAUGUUGCAAGAUUUGAAUAAUUCUAUCACGCGAUACGUCCGCAAUAACUUCAUGGAUGGCCCUCGACAAGAUGGCUUUGACGUAUUUUUGGGCACCUACCUCCCCUCAGAUUCAACCUUUGCCAACAUUCAGCUGUUCAUUGAUCAGAGACCUCUUGUCAUCCAGGCUAUUCCGUAUAUCCUCGCUGCCAGUGUGUUCAUGGUCUUAGUUGCUCUUUUCACCAGACGAUCGCCUGAUACUGCUGCCUGGCCUCUUCGCCUGUUCAUGCUGUUCUGGUUCAUUGUCGCAGCCUACUGCUUCCGCUUUGUCCACGGGCACGGCAUGCUUUAUGUCAAUUGGCCCAAGCUCAACACGCCUGUUGCUGGUGCUGAAGGUUAUCAGGAUGCCCUCAUCAAAGCGAAGUCCGAUCCCCUUGUUGGCCAAUGGCUCCCCUCUAGACGGCACCAGCGUGGUAUCAGCAAUGCCCGUCUGGUCUUCCUUGAGGAGGGCAAGACCAGAAUUGAGUGA